GACUAAGUGAGUGACAGCAACUUGACGUCUUACUUUGUUAUUUGUCAAACAGAUUUUGUGGGAUAAAUAUAUAAUUUUCCUAUAUUUUCAACCGUGAAAAAACCUUGAAUAGGAUAACAAAAUAAUACAUGUGGCAUGUAAAUAGUCGCCUAUUGCAAUAUGAACCCGUAUAAGGAUAUAGAAGAAAGCUCUUUCGCUGCAUCACCUCAUUUAGCUUACGAGGACAUAGCUACUAAAUUAUUGAAAGAUCAUUACUUCCUGACAGCCUUGGAGUUACAUACAGAGCUGGUGGAGAGUGGCAGAGAACUUCCACAACUCAGAGAGUUCUUCUCCAAUCCUGGAAAUUUUGAGCAACAUGUUUCUAGGGCAUCAGAAUUUUCCUCAAUGCAUCGUACGCCUAGCCAGGCAACACUAGACUCCUUGGAUACUGCCCGGUACUCUGAGGAUGGUGGUGGUGAUCGCGGAGGCAGUGGGGGAGAUGUAGCUGUGCUAGAGUUUGAACUGCGGAAGGCUAGAGAAACCAUCAACUCUUUAAGAGCAAAUCUAACACAAUUUGCAGAUGGAGAAUCAACCAUAGACAAGUCCUCAAAAGAGUUAUUUGAUCAGAGAUCAUUAAAACCUCAUGAAAAGAGAGCAUUGAACUUCCUUAUUAAUGAAUAUCUUCUCCUUCAAGACUACAAACUUACCUCCAUAACAUUUUCUGAUGAAAACCCAGAUCAGGAAUUUGAAGACUGGGACGAUGUCGGCCUCAACAUGCCGCGUCCAGUUGGCCUGGUGUCUUUAUUUAGAGGCAACACAAGUCAUUUAAGUGUGCCCAAAGCAGAUGCUUCCACAGAAACUGAGUGGCCAUAUGCAGAAGCGAAUAGCCAGACAGAAAUUGAAGAAGGCAAUGUGUGUGUCAGUUGUCAGACAUCUAUUGAACAUGAGACUGAUUGGAGCCAUGAGCUACUUAUUCAAGCCGAAGAAAUAGAUUUAUUGAAGCAAAAGGUCAUUGCAUUGGAGACUGAAAAACUUAACUUUCAAAAGCUAUAUGAUGCUGCCAUUGUCAGUCUGAAUUCCCUUACAAGUCCUGCCUCUGACAACAAAGUGUUGGAUCUCAAUAUACCUGAAGACAAACUACUUUCUGUACAGAGGGUAGAACAAAGCUUGGAGGCAAAGCCUAUAACGUGUACUGCAGCUGAAAACCACUAUGGCAGUGGGAACUCCACUCACAGUGCGACUCCAGAACAGUUUGAGAUGAUUGAUAGUGACAAAAAUAGUGCUAUUACAAGAAAGGGUUCGAACAUAAGUUCGUUCGAGGCGGGCGCGGUGGGUGAGGGCAGCGCUCGCGGCUCGCCGCUGCGCCGCGGCAGUGUCACUACGUUGGACGAUACGCUCAGUAUUAACGAUGCCGGGGAGUGGACCCGCCUACACUACGAUUAUAAUACAAUAGAAACGAAUAGCAAGGAGAUGUGGAUUGAUAGUGGCAUACCAAACAGUCUCAAGGUGUCUAUAUUGAACUGGUGCUGCGAGACUCUGAAUGUUAAUGAGCCUCUCGCUAACGACCUCCUUGCUGAACUAGUGAGCAGCGAUAAGCCCAUCACUCUGCCUGGAUUACUCACGCUCGUCGCUGAUACUUUGCCGAGGAUCCUGCCGCACACGCUGGUGGCGCGGCGCAGCGAGGCGGCGGCGCUGGUGGCGGGCGCGGCGGCGCUGCUGCCGGCCGGCCCGCGCCGCGCCCGCGCGCUGCACGCGCUGCUCACGCUUGUCAAGCGCCCCGACCCGCCCGACACGCGCGCCAUCUGCGAGGCAACCUGCUUGGUAGUGAAGUGGGGUGGUAGCGGCGAAGUAUUGUCAUCAAUAGCAGAGCUAAUGGCGUCUCGAUCGGUAGAGCGCCGCGUACUGGCCAGUCAAGUCUGCAUGGCCAUCGCGCCAUACGUGCCUAUCGAGCUAUGCACAUCACUACUACUGAGUCUAGUCGUCCUCAUGUGCGAGUCGAACGAACUAGAAAUCCGAACGUUAGGACUCAAGUCUGCUUGUCUCAUCUGUCCAGUAGCUGAACAUAAGUACAACCAGCUCGAAAGUCUCAUGUUCAACUUCUUAAAGGACCCAGUUGAUAAGUGUGUGAAGGAUACUGUAAAUAUAUUCGUUCCUGUGCUCGCCAGGAGUGCUUUGAUUGCAGGUAAAUUCUCAACCGACUUAUGCAGUCGCAUAAUGUCGAAUUUAACAAAAGCGAGCGAGGAAAACGAAUGGAAGACUGUGCUGUUGUAUUUAGAGGUUAUGCGGGUUUUAGUGUUAGCGAAGCUGGCCUACGUAGUUAAUGUACAAAUAGUGAGGGAUGUGACCCACAAUAACUGUGAUAUGCAAACUGUUAAUUUACAAGAGGUGCCUCUUGAGGAGCAAGAGUAUUUUAUAGAUCUCCAGUGUUAUGUUGAAACUAAUGUCGACGCGAAGGUGUUGUUAGUGACUAUGAAUAAUUUAAUUAAGGAGAAACCUGACGUCAGAUGGGCGGAGUUAAGUUGGUAUAUAAGCACAGUUAAACAAAUUAUAGAAGUGAUAACAAACUGCAAGGUUCUAAACCACACGGCGAUUUACGAACUUCUUAUAUCACUAGUAAACAGUUAUGUUGAGAAUUUCGGCCCUACCUUCACUCUUCACAUAUUAAAGCCUAUAUUUACUGAAAUUGUAACCGAAUUAGAACACAAAAUGGAGAAACUGCAUUCUGUGAAUGCGGAAAGUGUGAUACUUGUUGGAAUUUAUUUGGUAAUUAUUUUACCUGCAUUGGAAGACAAGAUACAACACGGAGAAUUUUUACAAAAAUGGAUAAUGUACAGCAGCAUACGAGGAUUACCAGUCAAAAUAUUCUCUGUACCGCUAAAGUGGGUUGCGGAACACACACAAGACUCCCUAGAUUUCUAUUUACAACAUCUAAGAGAAUUCGCGGCGAGCAGUUGUGAGAGUCCAAGCGGUAGUACGGUGAGGGUGUACAUUGCUAGCCUUAUAACGGAGCUGUCGAAUGCGACAGAGCUCAGUGAGAAGUGUAUUGAAAGACAAAUGCUGCCCGCUGUUAUGGCCUUGCUGCACGACGAGGAUGUAUCUGUCCGCGAAGAAGCGAUAUCGUCGUGGGGCAGCGUGACCCGGUCGUGCGUGAUCCGCGCGCUGGCGUGCGAGGCGCAGUGCUGGGCGCCCGUGGAGGACAUGCUGGCGGCCGCGCCCGCGCCGCGCGAGGCCGCGCGCACCGCCGAGGCGCUCGCGCUGCUCGUGCUGCCCACGGUGGACAACCACGCCGUCUCCGAGAAAGCGGUGUCGCUACUGUGCACGCUGUCCCGGGCGUGCGUGUCGCGCGAGGGCCUGGCGGCGCUCACGCCCGGCCUGCAGCUCGCCGUGCAUCACUGCCGACACCAUCCUGCCUUACUGCCAGCACUCAGGAAACUCGAAGAAGCCGUUCAAGUACCGCCACUAUCUCAGUACAAGGCAGCAAUAGAAGCGCUCAUUCACAACGUAGCGGGCCCAGCCUCCAACAGUGACGUCACGAGGGAGCCCCCUCCACGCCCCAACACCAACCUGCAAGCCGCGCAAGAGGUUGGCAGGAGGGUCACGCAAAUGUUCCAGCAAAAGACAAACAUGAACCUGCAAAACAUAUUCAAGAAAAAAACUUAACGUUCAAAUAGGAUCAACAGGCCAAAUUAUCAGCGACGGUUAUUGAAGGUAAAACGUGGAACAAGUUUUUGAAAUCACAAAAUUAAUCCUCAUUAGCCAUUUAUUAUAACUGUUUUUGACGUUUACUUUUGAAGUCCUAAAUGGAGAAUUUUGAAUGUCAGUAAUAACAAUUACCUGAAGAAUUAAAAUACGUCUUCCUCAUUUUGUUGUUAAAUGUUAUUAACAAACCACACAGCAUAAGACCAGUCUUGGAUGUUAAACAUUUUCUCUGACUAGUACAAAAUUGUGUGGAAGCAUUGUGAACGAUGUUUAUUUAACGCUGAAUUAUUAGAAACUAUUUGUUGGUACGACACUCCAUUACCAAGGGUCUGUAGUUGCUGCAUUGGUGAUUGCACACAGUUAACGUUUUCGCAGGUAGACUGGUUCUAUAGAAAUAAAUAAUGUAUUGGUAGAUUGUACCUGACACAACACACUAAUAUGUCCACAUUUGCGUUUUGCCUUAUAGUAGACAGCACAAGGUAGAUCGAAAGAUAUUAAUAAAAUGUAGCAUCUUUUAAAUUAUAGAAACAAAUCCAUUCCUCUAUUAAUUAGUAUAUAAAAUAGGAAAAAAUAGGAGAGAAAUUCGUUAUUUCCAUGCCAAACUUCUUAAUACAUAAUACUCUAUUUUCUUCUACAAAAAUGUUACCAGUUUAAAAAAAGGUUUGCUGUUUUUCGCAAGCCAAAUUCAGCAAUGAUAUUUUUAACUAUUUUCUCUAAUGCAUGACAAUUUAAAACUCUCUGGAAUCCACAGUAUUUUUUGGAAAGUUUAUGUUUACUGCAGAGAUAACUAAGUCAAAUAACGAUCGAAAUUAUACAUUCCUAAUGAUAUUAACAUAAAUAACGGUUAUUAAUUUAUUAAAGAGUAAUAUUUAAGCGUGCAACUCAAUGCUUAAUAAUUUCACUUAACAAUUGAAAAAAAUAACAGAUUUUUUCAUUAAAUAACAGAGGAAAAUAUCAUAUCCAAUUUGUUGGAUUGAAAUUGAUGGCACGUUUUUAUUGAACUCUUAAAACAAUUACUUAAUUAUAAUUUUAGUAUUCGAUUUAGUUUAGGAUAGUACAAAUUAGUGCAAUAUACAACUCGUUAUGACAUUUUCUUUAAAUAUUUAUAAAUUUAACUCUAUGUACUUAAUAUCAAAUAUGUAUGAAAUCAUUCGUGCCUCCCGGGUGUCAGUGCAAAGUAAGAAAAUACUCUUUUAUGUAAUCUCAUCUUGGUGCAGAAUAUGAACUCACUUAGAGAACAUGAAUAAUUCCACAAAUUCCAAUAAUUCUGUAGAACAAAGUUAUGGGAAUAAUCUGCACACUUAAUAAUGAGUUCUCAAAACAAGACUGUGGCCUCUGUCAAAGCGAGAUGCCGCAACCGUCUAUGUAGCGUGCCUCCUCGCUCUCAUAAUUUCAACAGACUUGCUUUGAAAUCUCAUAGUAAAGGUGCUGAUUACAAUGAUUAAAUUAAAAAAAAACAGUUACCCCAAGGUGCUUUCUGAAAUAGAUGAUAUAAAGAUAAAUUGAUCCGAUGGUAUAAAGAAAUAGAGGCGAUUUUCUAUAGCUAAAGUUCACUAACAUUUCUGUUAUUUAUUAUGAAAAUACGAUGUUACUAAACAUGUACUUAGGAAGCUUUACUCAGCGUAGUUGGUUACAUAGAUGUGAGCUUAAUUUAUUUAAAACAAUACUCUCUACCAUAAAACUUUAAACUAAACCAGCUUUAUUAAAAUAUCGACAGUAGAUAAAAUAAUAUAUUAUAACUCAACCAUGAAUAUGUGAAAAAAAUCGCCGCACGAAGUAAAACAAUGCUCGACUUGCUUGUUAAACCGUCUUGUACAUAAAAUCUAAAUGAAUACUUGAAAUCUAUUUGUUAUAGUCACUUUAUAGUUAGUCCUCUAGUAUGUUACAUACUUGUUGAAUCUCAAGCGUAAGUGUUCCUUACUCUAUUACGAUGAAGUAAGCUAUCGGCAGACAUUGGGAAUGAUAUAGCUAGGCCAUACUUAGUGUGAAAUCAAACUUGUAAAAUUAAAGACUUUUACACCGUGUAGCUCCAUAUUUUUUGUUAGAAAGGGAUGUGUAUUUUGUGGAAGCUUGAUAGCGCACUACAUGGCGCAGAAUAGUGUCUUUCUGUAACAACCCAGAGCCUAUUUACAUUCUUGCGGCUAUACCCAAUGUCUGGACCCGUCUCUAGGUAGGUAUAUGUUGUAUGUUACACACUAUCACAUUCUUAGUCGAUGAGAUUGGUAACAAAGUGCUUUGUAUAAACACGUCAGUGAUUGGCACAUAAACAUUAUUGGAGGUUGUGUUAACAUAAAAAUUAUGAAAUAUAUAAAUUUUAUUUUACAA